AUGCAGCCCAUCGUGGGCGCAUACGCGGACAAAUCAACGUCAAAAUACGGUAGACGGAGACCCUACAUGAUCGCCGGUGCACUCAUCACGGGCAUUGGACUGCUCUUGUUGGGAUGGACGGCCGAGGUCGUGGGAAUAUUCGUAUCAGAGGGCCAGGCAAAGAAGGACGCGACACUCUUGGUCGCCAUCCUCUGUAUCUACGCGCUGGAUUUCUCCGUCAAUGCUGUCCAAGCCUGCUGCCGGAGUCUGAUUGUCGAUACUUUGCCAAUCUCACAGCAGCAGUCUGGCUCUGCAUGGGCCUCGAGGUUGACGGCCGUGGGACAUCUGCUGGGAUAUUUCAUCGGCAGCUUUGACCUCGUGGCCAUCUUCCCUGGCUGGCUGGGUGGCGACACCCAGUUCAAGAAAAUGACCCUCAUCGCAGCCAGCGCCUUGUGGUUCACUGUCGGUGUCACCUCCUGGGCUGUGACCGAACGCAUCAGGCUCUCUGGCGACAACGACUCGACCACUGUCAAGGAGGUAUUGGCGAACCUCUGGCACCGCACAUUGAACCUCCCACCGAGGAUACAGGCCAUCUGCUGGGUCCAAUUCUGGAAUUGGGUGGGAUGGUUCCCCUUCCUCUUCUACUCCAGCACCUUCGUCGGCGAAAUCUACUAUCGCUACGAACAUCCUCCGCCCACUCCAGGGUCGAGCGACGAACAUGACGCCCUAGGCAACAUCGGCCGCUUAGGGAGCGUCGCACUGGUCAUCUUCUCCCUGAUCACAUUCUGCUCCUCGAUCCUUCUCCCCUACGUCGUCAAAGCGCCAGAAGCGGGCGAGUCGAAAUUCACACCGCGGCCCCCACCGUCCCUGACCAAAUCCCUGCAAACCGUCCUCGUCAAAGCCGCAAGCAUGCAGCCGGACCUGACCUCGGCAUGGAUGCUUUCCAACCUCCUGUUCGCCGUCAUCACCAUCUUCGCACCCUGGACACGCAGCCUCCGCUCCGCCACCGCGCUGGUCGCACUGUGUGGCGUCCCCUGGGCCAUCUCAUGCUGGGCGCCGUUCGGCCUACUCGGCAUCGAGAUCAACAAACUGUCCUCCGGCCCACACGCCACGAUCAACGGCUCUUUCGCCCCGGGCUACUCCGCUGUCCGAGGCAGCGUCGAUGAAGCCGACCGCAGCGACGAUAUUGAAAUGCAGGAAGCACGGCAGCAUCAUCGCAUCGCCUCCGACGCAAGCGGCGUUCUCCAGCUCCAUCACCCUGAAGACACCACCACGCACGCUGCGCAUUCCUCGACGGGCGAGCUCGCGGGCAUCUACCUGGGCGUCUUGAAUGUGUACACUACCCUCCCUCAGUUCGUGGGCACAUUUCUGAGUUGGAUCGUUUUCUCGAUCCUGGAGCCUGGUGCCAAUGAUGCGGCUCUGGCCGAUGACACUGAUCCGGAGCAUCAUAAGUGGCUCAAUCUGAAGCAGAAUGCGCCCAAUGCCAUUGCUGUGUGCAUGUUUGUGGGUGCCCUGUGUAGUGUUGUUAGUGCAGAGGCCGCAAGGCGCUUGAGGAACGUGGACUGA